CGCGGCUAAUUGGAGACUAAACAUCGCAGCGAUGGAACACUAAAAGGAUACAGUGCGCGAAAGGAUUACGGCAAAGGUUUGCUCCUUAAAGGAGCCCAAAAGUGCAACUGGUUCGAAGUCGAGUGUGAAAUGUGAAUUAAUUGGAGUGUCCUGACACCAAAAAUUGGGCGAAAUGGGUAGCAACACGGAGUCGGAUGCCGAAAAGGCAUUGGGCUCGCGCCUGGACUACGAUCUGAUGAUGGCCGAGGAGUACGUACUCAGUGAUGUGGAGAAGAAUUUUAUAUUGGCCUGCGAGCGGGGCGACCUACCGGGUGUCAAGAAGCUUCUCGAGGAAUAUAUGGGCACGGACAAGUUCAACAUCAACUGUACGGAUCCCAUGAACCGCUCAGCCCUGAUCUCGGCCAUCGAGAACGAGAACUUCGACCUGAUGGUCCUGCUGCUGGAGAACAACAUCGAGGUGGGCGACGCCCUGCUCCAUGCCAUUUCCGAGGAGUAUGUCGAGGCCGUGGAGGAGCUGCUGCAGUGGGAGGAGACCAACCACAAGGAGGGACAGCCCUAUAGCUGGGAGGCGGUGGACCGCUCCAAGUCCACCUUCACCGUGGACAUCACGCCCCUUAUCCUGGCCGCCCACCGCAAUAACUAUGAGAUACUCAAAAUACUCCUGGAUCGCGGUGCCACGCUGCCCAUGCCGCACGACGUCAAGUGCGGCUGCGAUGAGUGUGUGACCUCGCAGACGUCGGACUCCCUGCGCCACUCGCAGUCGAGGAUCAACGCGUACCGGGCGCUGUCGGCCAGUUCGCUGAUUGCGCUCAGUUCCAGGGACCCUGUACUGACCGCCUUCCAACUGUCCUGGGAACUCAAGCGGCUGCAGGCGAUGGAAUCGGAGUUUCGUGCCGAAUACACGGAGAUGCGUCAGAAUGUGCAGGACUUCGGCACCUCGCUCCUGGACCACGCACGCACAUCCAUGGAGCUGGAGGUGAUGCUCAACUACAACCACGAGCCGUCCCACGACAUCUGGUGCCUCGGCCAGCGGCAGACCCUAGAGCGAUUGAAGCUGGCCAUACGAUAUAAGCAAAAGACGUUUGUGGCGCAUCCGAAUGUCCAGCAGUUAUUGGCCGCCAUUUGGUAUGAUGGACUGCCUGGAUUCCGGCGCAAACAGGCCUCCCAGCAGCUGUUGGAUGUGGUGAAGCUGGGCUGCAGCUUUCCCAUCUACAGCUUGAAGUACAUCCUGGCUCCGGACUCCGAGGGAGCCAAGUUCAUGCGCAAGCCCUUUGUCAAGUUCAUCACACACUCCUGCUCCUACAUGUUCUUUUUGAUGCUUUUGGGUGCCGCCUCUUUGAGGGUGGUGCAAAUCACCUUCGAACUCCUCGCUUUUCCCUGGAUGCUGACCAUGCUGGAGGAUUGGCGCAAACACGAACGAGGCUCCCUACCAGGUCCCAUUGAACUGGCCAUCAUAACCUACAUUAUGGCUCUGAUAUUUGAGGAACUUAAGUGCCUGUAUUCGGAUGGCUUGUUUGAGUAUAUCAUGGAUCUGUGGAACAUAGUCGACUACAUAUCCAAUAUGUUCUACGUGACGUGGAUUCUUUGUAGAGCCACCGCUUGGGUAAUAGUUCAUCGCGAUCUUUGGUUCCGUGGCAUAGAUCCCUACUUCCCACGUGAGCACUGGCAUCCCUUUGAUCCCAUGCUUUUAUCGGAGGGUGCCUUUGCUGCCGGAAUGGUCUUCUCGUAUCUGAAACUUGUCCACAUCUUUUCGAUCAAUCCCCAUUUGGGACCGCUGCAAGUUUCACUGGGGCGCAUGAUAAUCGACAUUAUAAAGUUCUUCUUUAUCUACACACUUGUGUUGUUCGCCUUUGGCUGUGGUCUAAAUCAAUUGCUGUGGUACUAUGCUGAACUGGAGAAGAACAAGUGCUAUCAUCUGCAUCCGGAUGUGGCUGAUUUUGAUGACCAGGAGAAGGCUUGUACCAUUUGGCGAAGAUUUUCCAACUUAUUUGAGACAUCGCAAUCCCUUUUCUGGGCUUCCUUUGGCCUGGUGGAUCUGGUCUCAUUCGAUCUGGCCGGAAUCAAGAGUUUCACCCGAUUCUGGGCCCUCCUGAUGUUCGGCUCCUAUUCGGUGAUCAAUAUCAUUGUGCUCCUCAACAUGCUCAUUGCCAUGAUGUCCAACUCGUACCAAAUUAUCUCGGAACGGGCAGAUACCGAGUGGAAGUUCGCCCGCUCCCAGCUUUGGAUGAGCUACUUCGAGGACGGUGGCACCAUUCCACCGCCAUUCAACCUCUGUCCCAACAUGAAGAUGUUGCGAAAAACUCUGGGGCGAAAGCGGCCAUCGCGAACCAAGAGCUUUAUGCGCAAGUCCAUGGAGCGGGCACAGACCCUGCAUGACAAAGUGAUGAAGCUGCUGGUCAGGCGGUACAUUACGGCGGAGCAGAGGCGGCGGGACGAUUACGGUAUUACCGAGGAUGAUAUCAUCGAGGUGCGCCAGGACAUCAGCUCCUUGCGUUUCGAGCUGCUGGAGAUUUUCACGAACAACAGUUGGGAGGUACCCGACAUUGAGAAGAAAUCCCAGGGAGUGGCCCGAACCACCAAGGGAAAGGUAAUGGAACGCCGCAUCCUCAAGGACUUCCAGAUUGGCUUUGUGGAGAAUCUGAAGCAGGAAAUGAACGAAAGUGAGAGUGGACGGGACAUCUUCUCGUCGCUGGCCAAGGUCAUCGGCAGAAAGAAGACCCAGAAGGGAGACAAGGACUGGAAUGCCAUUGCAAGAAAGAAUACCUUUGCCUCUGAUCCUAUUGGCUCUAAGCGAUCAUCCAUGCAGCGCCAUAGCCAGCGUAGUUUGAGGAGAAAGAUCAUUGAGACGGCCAAUGAGGGUCUGCAGAUGGACCAGACCCAGUUGAUUGAAUUUAAUCCCAACUUGGGUGAGGUGACCAGGGCAACGAGAGUGGCCUAUGUCAAGUUCAUGCGAAAGAAGAUGGCUGCUGAUGAGGUUUCCUUGGCCGACGACAAUGGCGAUCCAAAUGGCGAGGCGGAGAAGAAACCUCUGGAUGCCUCUGGGUCCAAAAAACUCAUGACCAGUGGCACAGGUGGAGGAGGAGGAGGGUCUUCUAUGAUGGCUGCAGCUGCAUUGCGAGCUUCCGUCAAGAAUGUGGAUGAAAAAUCUGAUAACAAGGAUGGCAAAGCCGGUACAGUGAAGAAAGCUGGUGAUGACAAGGAUAAGGAUAAACAGCAGCCGCCCAAAGACUCCAAGCCGCCACCAGGAGGUCCAAAGCCCGGGGAUCAGAAACCAGCUCCAGGAGCUGGGGCUCCCAAGCCCCAAUCGGCAAACAAGCCCGGUGACCAACAAAAGAAGGAUGCUCCGGCACCGCCAACCAAGCCAGCAGACACCAAGCCAAUAGCUCCGAAGUCCGGAGAACCGGCAAAGCCCGAGGCAGCGGUCAAGAAAGAGGAGUCUUCCAAGAGCGAGUCCAGCAAGCCGGCAGCUGGAGCUGGAGCUGCCAAAAGUGCAGCUCCCUCAGCGCCAGCGGAUGCCAAGCCGGAUGCCAAAUUAAAGACGGGAGCAGCUACAGCUCCGGAGGGCACCAAAGCCACCAACGGAGCCGCCAAGCCGGACGACAAGAAGAGCGGCCAGGAGCAGCCCCAAAAACCAGGAGACUCCAAGUCUGGAGAAGAUGCCAAGAAAACCGAAGAUGCCAAGGAUAAGGAUAAGAAACCAGGCGAUGACAAGGAUAAGAAACCAGGUGAUGAUAAGGACAAGAAGCCUGGCGACGACAAAGACAAGAAGCCGGGUGACGACAAGGACAAGAAACCAACCGAUGACAAGGAUAAGAAGGCGACCGAUGAGAAGGACAAGAAACCAGCAGCCGACGACAAGGACAAGAAGCCAGGAGCAGCUCCUCUGAAACCGGCGAUCAAGGUGGGUCAAAGCAGUGCAGCAGCCGGCGGAGAACGAGGAAAAUCCACUGUCACUGGUCGCAUGAUCUCCGGCUGGCUGUAAGCCAUCGCCGGAAUGCAGUUUCGACCGAUUCAAUAGCAGCUAUAGAUAUUUAAGGCCUUUUGUUUGUGUGAACAAUAAACGAGUCUCAAAAACAA